AUGUCCAGCAAAAGGGCUAAGGGAAAGACCACAAAGAAGCGCCCUCAGCGCGCCACCUCCAAUGUCUUCGCUAUGUUCGACCAGUCCCAGAUUCAGGAGUUCAAGGAGGCCUUCAACAUGAUUGACCAGAACCGAGAUGGGUUUGUCGACAAAGAGGACCUCCACGACAUGCUUGCCUCACUAGGGAAAAAUCCAACUGAUGAGUACCUGGAGGCCAUGAUGAAUGAAGCUCCUGGGCCCAUUAACUUCACCAUGUUCCUCACCAUGUUUGGAGAGAAGCUCAAUGGCACAGACCCAGAGGAUGUGAUCAGGAAUGCUUUUGCUUGCUUUGAUGAGGAGGGGACAGGUUUCAUCCAGGAAGAUUACCUCAGGGAGCUGCUCACAACAAUGGGUGACCGAUUUACAGAUGAGGAGGUGGACGAGCUCUUCAGGGAGGCCCCCAUUGACAAGAAGAGUAACUUCAACUACGUGGAGUUCACACGCAUCCUAAAGCAUGGUGCCAAGGAUAAGGACGAUUAAGGAGCAACACCAGCAUUUUCCUCUCAGUGCCCUCCGCCUCUCUGCCGUCAGCUAGAACAUCGUGCUGCAUGUCUCGACGCUCCAGUUUAAACCCUAUUUUAAACAAAGCAAUAACUAUCCACACGGUUUGCUGUGAACUUCCAGUAUUGCCAAAUUUACACAUCUCUGAGAAUAAAAAUCUGAAUAGUGUUAAAAAUCUUUUUGUCAUGUAAAGAUGUGAAGUGGCAGCACUUCGGAAGCUCCAAGAGAUACGUCUUUGUGAUUCAUGUGAUUGGGUUUAGCUGAGUUUUUACAUUUUCUAAUAUAAACUUUUUAAAUAAAAGCCCUCUAUCAA